AAUGUAUAAAAAGCUUGUGAUGUGCUUGGCCUUCAGUGACCGAUUUUAAGAUGUCCUACCUUGCUCUUCUCUCUUUAGCCCUCGGCAUCCUGAGCAGCUUCAUGCUGAGUGAAGUUACGGCUCUCAGAUUGCCACUUUCAGGUGAAAGAGAACUUAAUGGAUUUACAUGGGGACAGUUUUCAGAGAAUGCUCAAGAGAUUCCUCGGAGUCUGGAGAUUCAAGACUUCACUCUUAAUGUGGCCCCGACCAGUGGUGGUGCAAGUUCUCCAACCAUCCUGCGUCUUCACCCUAUAAUACCAAAACCAGCUCACCUGCACGCAAACCUCCCCCUUCGCUUUGGACGAGACGCACAGCCGAGUACAGGAGACCGAGCUCCUAAGUCUACUAUCAACCUCCCUCAGCGAUUCGGCCGCUCCUGUACUAUGUGUGCGCGAUCGGGGACCGGACCCUCAGCCACCCUACCGCAGAGGUUUGGCAGGAGGAACGUUUUUGCUUUAGACCCAUUUCGAGCUUUGGCUCUGUACACGCGCACACCUGAAUCACCAUCAUUUCCAAAAGAAAGGACUCAAGUCCACGACUACAUGUUUGAAACAGUAGAAGAUUCAGAAGAAACUGUCAAAAACACAGAUUACACAGCUUUAGACUAACAAAGCCCAAAAAAACGGCAAUGGGUCGAGAUGUUUUGUUGAUGAUUUUUAUUCAUUUCUUUUCUCUUAAUGUAUUUGCAUCUGUA